GGAAUCGCGCCUGCAUUUUUCACGGACUCUUGACGCAUGGCGUGCUGCUUAUCGCACUCACGAAGCGGCAUCGUGUUCAGUACGGCGCGAACCCGCACCGCCCGGGCUACCUGAUGGCCGUCCCGUACGUCGCGAAAGACACCGCGGCCGACCGGACAGAGUUUGCCCACCCUGACGCGCUCCUCCUCCUGACCGUUGCGCACUAUUACCAGGAGGGCCUCGCGGUAGGCGAGUUGCGGCAGGUGUUUGAGAAGCUGCAGGGACUUGGUGAAUCUGAGGGGGCUCAAACGUACUCAAAGUGGGUGGAGCGUCUCCGCGACGCAGACACGCGGAACUUCUUGAAGUAUCCGCAGCUGAAGGCGGUCAACCUCGAAGACGCCACGGACUUUCACACAUGUCUUUACCCAGCAUUUCGCCGGAGCAUGGACGCGAUCGACUUUUUCCUGAAAUUCCUUGUGUUUCCCACACAGGCCGUGCAGUACAAGACCAAGCUGACCGCGAGCGCGCCAGACCUGUGCAAGACCACCGCGAUGGGAGUUGCUGGCAUUACACAGGGAUUUUCCGGAACAGACGACGCCAUCACGCCGUGCUGCAUUGAGCAGCGCAACAUUGCCAGUCUCUGCGACACGAAGGGUUUGCAGGUGAUGAGUUUUCGCAGGCCAGAGAACGACGAGCGGAUAACGGUGCGGCAGGGAGGUGGCGCGCACGAAAUUCUGGACAUCUUGGGGGAACGGUCCGACAUAACCGUGGUGCUAGACCCGGGCGCGUUGGUACUGGAGCUUUCAAAUUUGGACUUCGUGAAAGCCUGGGCGGCCCGGCAAAAGGCAGCGCGCGCUGCCGUCUUCUUCGGAGCGGACAAUGAAGCCAUGGUUUGGAUACGUGCCACGGAGGAAGUGCUACCGCUGCGCCUCUCAUCUUUUGCGACGGACCUGCGCGCCUGCCUCGUCUACUUCGACGACGUGAUGACUAGAGGAACCGACCUGCCUUUGCCCGUCGAUGCCCGAGCCGUGCUCACCCUGGGACGAGGCAUGCUGAAAGACAAACUCCUGCAAUCCAGUGGGCGCUUGCGGGGCCUUGGGCGCGGCCAGUCGGUCCUCAACGUGGCCGCAUACGAAGUGGGUCAGCAGCUCGACGCCCUCGAGCUGGAAAUCUUUGGCAGCGCAACGGGCAAGGCAGGGACAGAGGGACGGGCCAUUGCGGGGCUCAGCGCGGAGCAAAUAGUGGACAAAGAGAAACAGUCGAGACAGAAGAUCUCCAUAUUCGAACAAGUUGAAUUGAUUGCGCCUUUGAGCGCCGAGCAGCGGCAACAAAAGAAGGAAAUGGAGAGAGAACUGGAGGAGCUACAAACCGCCACCGCUUCGCGGAACGUGCGGGAACUAACGCAGGAAGAAAAGGAUGUUGCACAGGUAACCGUCGUCAUUCUAUGGGCUCUUCGGAACACGGUGGAAGACAUCGCCGCCCAGCUCUACUGGACACAAUUCGGAGGGAGACAAGGGCAAGCGCUCGAAAUUUGUUUUGCAUAUGUUGCUUCUCUAUUGGCCCCUCGUAGCAAUCAUGAGGUUGUUAUUAGGUGAGCGAAAAGCAAAGCAGUUGACUUUGCAUUCUGAAAAAAGCGCAUACGCACCCGCACAAGUACGUGCAAAAAUGGCUCGAAGAACGCUGAUGUCGGCUCCCUCCGCUUUUUUCUUAUCGAUAGCACUCCCCUCGCUGUCAAUCAAUGUCGGCGCAGCGUGAAGAAGAAUCAGGCGCGUCUACAGUACCUACAAAGUCCUCCCGGAGGAAGUCUUCUUGACGAGCAAGAGUCUAAAGCGCAAAUCGAAGACUCCGCUGUAGUAGCGAUUCCUCCAGAUGAAGCUGCACUGGCAAAGUACGGCGAGGCCUGUGUUGAGCAAGAGCCGGUAGAGCUGCUAGCCCAGUACGGGUACAAGCGGGAAUGCCGCGCCCUGCUCGACACGACGAAGGACGCCUUGCGGCAGUGGAACAGCGACGAGUUCGCAAACGCCAUGAUCAGACGGGUAGAGCAACUGGCCCCCGACCUCACACGCUUUGCGUCCACGCUAGAUUGCACCCAAGAACGUGAAUUGGAACAGGAGCUCGAGGAAGAGCGCGACUGCGCCCGGAUCACGGAACUCGUGCCCGCGUCAGCUGCCAUUCCGGAGGAGUUGCGUGCGUUCGCGCAAAAAGUAAACCUCGGUGAGCCCAUUCCGCAGGUACUUGCGCUCUUGGUUUUUUGUUUCAUUGAUUUUUACACUUGAAAUUUCGGAUCAGUUUUUAUUUUAUUUGAAUGGUAAUCGGACUGUACUCGCUGUUGCUGCAACAGACAGGUUAGCUACGGUAUAUAUAAAUCAGUCACCCACUCAGCCUCAUUCAUUCACAUCUUCACAACAGGACCAGACCGACUUCUUACUACCCCUGCAAACCUUUGUGGACAACCUGGAGCUCGCAAAACCCCUGCAGCUCCACACGACGAGUACCUUCGUCACCGAAGGCUUCGCUAACACUUUGAAGAGCACGGGUGCGAAAUCUUAUGGAGUCUUGAAGUCGGUGGACUUCGUCGUUCGCUUCAAAACGGCUGAGGAUGCAGAAGCUUUGUUGAUCGUGUCUAACCAGGAAGCAGAGCAAGUUUUCACAAGCACCGACGGGAAAAUAUCGCCUUUUCUCCGGGUUUUCACACCGCAGACCACGCGAAACCAAACUGCCGACGCAGUGGUGAGUCGCAAGGCCGUCGGCAAAUUGCUGUUGGACCACGAGCUGAGCAAUCAGCUCCUUCGAAAGCCGAAAGACUAUACUUUCCAGGAGUUGGAGCUUCGCGACUGCCCGCAUCUGCAUGUCCUCGGGUGCAGUCUGUUUCCAAAUACCGGCUUGCAGCAGUGCAUCAUGCGGUACUUCGCCUUGUGUCCACGUAAAGUGAAGAAAACGCUGUUUGAGGACCUCGCCGAAAAGCACCUGGUGGAGGCAGACGGCUUCACGAAAGUCGAGGGUGAAGGCCGAAAACGAGCCGGGUGCGAGAUUUCCCGGUACCAGGUUUCUCCGGUGCCAGCGCUUGUGGGAUUGUUCGAGGACUUCAGAAAUUUGGGCACCGAGCUGGCGAGCUCGACGAUGGGAGACGUGCUUGGAAAGUGACUCAGAGAAAGCAGUUGGGAUGAGCUGACUUUAUUAUAAAAAUAUUCUCACAUAAUUAGCGGCAUUCAUUUGCGUAGCGGUCGUCGAUUCGGGAUGUACACGUAGGACUAUAUCGCCUCGAAUAUCUUUUCUCAUUCACGGAUCAAUAUUCCAAAAAAAAUAGGAAAAAAGGAUAUCCGCUGUAUACCUAGAGUUUUUCCAUUCAAGUGUCCGUACCUAUUGUUUAUGUUUUCUAAUCACGAUAGGCACUCUAAUUGAGUCUUUCGCUUUCACGACAUUUCAUGUGAUACAACACAGCUUUUUU